UAAUUUUGUUUUUUCGCUGCGACAGCACUCUUUUUAUAUUUAUUAUUAUUUUGCGUAAAAUCAACAAUGUAUGAACGUUCUGGACAUAGUCUUAAAGUGCGCACCAUUUCGUUCUUGAGGGAAUGAAUGGAACACGAUCGCGUACUUACAAUUAUCACACAAAACGGUCCAAUUGCCAAUUGUUGAAAGAGUCGUCGCGCCGAUUUGCAAAAAUAUAAAACGAACGCCUGCUGUUCUCAUUAUUUAUUUAUCGUGUGUAAUAAGUUCGCGCUGGAUAAUACAAGAAUGAAAAUUCGAUUGCAUUUGGUACGCUUUAUGUACAUCAAUUUGAUUCUAAGCUGCUGUUUCUGGCUAUACGACAACGCUGCUGCCGCGGCAGAUGAGUUUACGGUAAACGCUGCAGCUGCAGAGAAUGCAGCUGGGGUGCUGGCACCAGAAACAGGAAAGCAGGGAAUCAGAAGCAGCGGCGACGAAAAAGUGCCUAACGCCUUAAAUGAUUACAAAAAAAAAGUAAUGAAGUUGCAUCAGAGCAGCAGACGGCGACCACAACGACAGUGCCUCAAACGUCGACGGCGACAACAACACGUCAAGAGGCUGCCGAUGCAGAUAGCGAUAUUAUGCUGAAGUUGGGCACGCAGCCAAGAACUAGUGCAAAAACAAAAACAAAUAGUAAAGUGGCGAACGGUGUAAAAGACACGUCAGUGAAUUUGAAUGUUGUGUUGCCGUCUAGUGUAAAUAUCAAUAACAACGAAGAUGUUGUUAUUAGUGUAGUGCCUCGUAGUAGUGAGAAAACCACAAAUACAAAUACAAAUGCAAAUAUUAAUAAUGAUAAUGCUAAUGAGAAUGCGAAUGCGAAAGUGAAUGCUAAUGAAGCAGCAGUGCCAAAAAGUCAGUUAAAUAACGAAAUUAAUCAUAAUAAUAUUUAUACAAAUACGCAACCAGAUGUAAUUCAAUUAGAGCAAUCACAGCAAAGCGAGUUCAGCGGCGACAAUGUGAUGAUACCAAAGACGCAAAAACAGCAACAACAGCAUCAAGAAAGCUUCUCCGAUAUUAUUACGGAGCUGCCCAGCGUGACGAUCACAGAGUUGCCGCUGCAGCUGGAGCCCGUCAAGGAGAGCCUCGAUGCGGUCAUGCUGCAGGAGCCGUCUCCUGGAGCGAGCAACAAAAGCGCCAAGGAGCAGCUGGAGCAGCCAGCCGUGGCUGCCAAGCAGAUGCCACAAAAAGAUGAAAUCAAUGAUCCCGGUGGAGGAUCCGCAUUUGAAGGCAUCUCCACAACAACAGAAGCGAAUGCAACUGUGGAUGCCAAUGUGACCACCGCGUCACCAGAGACGGAAUCGACAUCAGAAACGUCGACGACGGCCAGCAGUAAUGAGACUGUGGAGGAGGUGCCCAUGCCCGUGUUUUCGGAGUGGGCGCAAAAGCAAAUGGAGGCGGAGGCGAGUCGAGAGCAGGCCAUGGAACUGGAGCAGCAGGUGGUCAACAAUUCGGCGCAGCGCAAGAACGCAACGGGCGCUGGCAACGGAAAGUUGCCGUCGCUGAAGCUGCGCUCCAAGAAUUAUGCCUCGCCCGAUUGUGGCGCCAAGAUCAUCGCCUCGAAUGGCGAUGCGACCAACACGGGCGCCGUGUUGAGUCACUCGAGUGAUGAGUACAUGCUGAGCACAUGCGGCAGCCGCAUCUGGUUCGUUGUGGAGCUGUGCGAAGCGGUGCAAGCGCAGAAAGUGGAGUUGGCCAACUUUGAGCUGUUCAGCUCGUCGCCCAAGAACUUCACGGUGGCGGUGUCGAAGCGUUUUCCCACACGCGACUGGAGUAACGUGGGACGCUUUACGGCCGAGGAUAAGCGGACGGUGCAAACGUUUGAGCUGCAGCCGUAUCUCUUUGGCAAGUUUGUGCGCGUCGACAUCCAUUCGCACUACUCCAAGGAGCACUUUUGUCCUGUCUCGCUGUUUCGUGUCUUUGGCACCUCCGAGUACGAGGCCUUCGAGACGGAAAUACGUCCCAGCGACGAGCUGGAUGACUUCGACGACGACUUUGCUGGACAGGAGCAGGCACACAAGACGGGCAAUGGCAACAUCUUUCAAAGCGCCAGCGAUGCAGUCAUGCAGAUGGUCAAGAAGGCCGCCCAAGUGCUGGUGAAGCCAACGAAAGCACUGCGCUGGUCCAGCGAUCCGCAGUUGUGUCACACGCCCUCCACGGGCAGCUACAGCUGCGCCAGCUGCAACAGCACCAUCGUGGAGCGCAUUAACCAACUGCUCUCUUGCCAAUCCCAGCAGCUCCAACUGCUGCUUGCUCUGCCCCAGCUGCGCACACAGCUGCUGCAGACACGCGUCUGCCAGGCAGACUUCGACAUCAGCCUAGGCGCGUUGUCGAGUGCCACAAGUGGCAUGGACAAAAGGCAGAGCUUCUAUCUGAGUCUGCUGCCCGCAGAGCAUGUGGGCGCCAUGUGCAAGCUGCUGCAGGGCGAAUUCAACAGCAGCCUCGCGAGCAAUCUGCUGCAGCCUUUGCAGCAACUCGAGUUGAAGCGGCAGCAACAGCAACAUCUUGAUGUUGUGGAGCAGCAUGCGGAGAAUAUUACCACACCGGAUCCAGCAGUGGAGUCUGUGGCUGAGGUUAUAGCCAGUGUGCCCGGUGAAACGUUGCCGGAGAUCGCCAGCAGUUCGGAAAAAUCAACAGCCCAAGCGCCUGCAACAACGGAGCCAUCGGCAGCUACUCCUCACACUGAUGCACAGCCCGCAGAUGCGACGCCAGUGGCGCCCACGCCUGCAGACGUGAAUAUCUUCAAUGUGCCCAGCGACACGCAGGAAGCAGCCACGCCUAAUGCUCCUGAAUCUGUUACGUCAUCUGUGGAGACAGCAGCACAACAACAGCAGCUGAACACGCCAUCGACGCCAGCUGACAUCAACGAUGGCGUGGAGAACGUCAUCCCUCCACCACCUAGCACAGCAGCGACGCCAACAACAAGCGCUAGGGAGGCCACAACUGAGUCACAGGUCAAUGGGGAUUUGCUGGGGAGCGGCAAUGGCAUGGACGAUAGUCACCUAACCAACUGGGAGAACAUUGACAGUCUGCUUACGACUACAGUGGCUUCGAUAACAGCUGGCGGUGGAGCAGCUGCUGCUGCUGCUGCCGUAGUCAAUGGCAACGCCAACUUGGCUGCUGGAACAGGCAACGCCAAUGCAGCAGGAUCAGCUGCUGGCGGUGGAGUCAACUUGCAGCCCAAGCUGACAAAUGGCGCGCAGUCGGAGAGUGUUUUUAUUCGACUGUCAAAUCGCAUCAAGGCACUCGAACGCAAUAUGUCGCUGUCGGGUCAAUAUCUGGAGGAACUAUCGCGCCGCUACAAGAAGCAGGUGGAGGAACUGCAGCAGACGCUUACGCAACAGACGCUCACAGUGCGCACGCUGGAGGAUCAAAGUCGACGCUACAUCGAACAGGAGCAGUUGUAUCAACAGCAGAGCGCUGAGCUCGCAGGCGAGGUGCGUGCCUUGACCUAUCAGGUGCAGGCAUGCAUCCUCGUAGUCAUCAUUGUGGGCACUUGUAUAUUUCUGAUGCUAGUGCUGGGCACUGUCUACUAUCGCAAGCUGCGACGCCAGACGCAACAGCUGCAACCACAAGCGUCGCCGACGACAGUUGUCAAACAGAAUCUGAGUCGACGCAAAUCCUAUGAGCAGAUUGGCGAACAUUUGCCGGGCGGGAAACGGCGACCUAGCGAAGAGGCGAUGAUCAUACUGAAUGGCUGUGGCGACAUAGCGCUGAUGGAGCCCAACGGAGUUACCAGGCAGCGCAAGAUAUCCGUUUGUUAUGGCAGCAACAACAAUAUUGCCGCCAGCAUGUUUAACAAUGCGAGAGCUUCGUUGCACCGACGCAAAGGAGUCAAACACAAUAGCUUGGACUCGGCUCAGUUAGCGAGCACGGAGCAAGCGGAGAAGUUCUUCGAUGUUGAAACAUUGAAGAGCAGCAAGCCGCUGCCAACGAAGGCAGCAAAAAAGAAAUCCCUGCAGGAGCUGAAGCGUCAGGAGUCGGCACCGGCAAAUUUUACACAGGGCGGCGGUGCCGGCCAAGCGGAGGAGAGCACACAGAGUGACUUUGACGAGAGUCUGAUACUGGACGACGACGAUCUUUGCAAUUUCAUACCGAACAGCGACUUGGCCUACAAUGAAUUUAUGCCCGACGGUCCCUCCGGCUACCACAUUGUGGACACCGUUGACGGCAAGACUGACAGCAAGUUGCCGCAGGGAACAGCAAAGAAAUCACGUCGCGUCUCGUCGCCCGCCUUCUUCAAGUCGCCAUUUAGCAAGAGCAAAAACAAAGGCGCCACCUUCAAUGGCAUCGGCGGCGUCAAGGGAAGUCACUCGGCUCAUGAGGCGACCUCCUGGGAGUGGUAUCGUCUGAAGCGCAACGAGAAGCACGCAAAGCAGCUGACGGUACCAAGUGUGUCGGUCUCGGCGAAUGCAAGUUUGGACAGCUCAUCACUUUCGGAAAUUAAUUUCCCAUACAACAAUAGCAACAGCACGUCGCAUAACUCCUUUCGCAUACUGGAGGAGACGAUACUAAAUGCAGACGCCGAGAGACGAGCACCCAUCAACGGCAAAACGAGCAGCAGUAGCAGUGGCAGCGGCGCCAGCAUCAGCUCAUCCACAACGAAGAAGAAACCGCGCGUAUUGAAUAACAUAUUUCGCAAAGUGUUUUGAUUUUGUCACCCCACCCGCCCAGUGCUUAAUUGGUUUUUAGUUUUUUAAAUGAUUUAACUAAAUUGUGUAUUUCCGUACUGAGAGAUUGGCCACAUUUGUCCGAUUUUGUGUAGAGGACUACAUAAAAAUAAUUGUAAAUUUCAAGACUUUAAAAAUUGUAUAAAGCAAAACAAAAACACAAAAGAAAAAGAACAGAGCAAACUUCUUAGCCUCAUUUCGUUUCUCCCAAGAGUUCCUUAGUGUUGCAGCCAACCGAAUGCAACAAACAGACUGUCGAGUUUAAUAUGUUAUGUACUUUAUAUCUAACCAUUGCUUUUAGUUGUACUAUGUAAUUCAUGUGCUCGCUGCUUGUGUAUCUAUUGUAUAUAUAAACCAAACAAAACAAAACGAAAAUGAAAGUAGUAAGCAAAACAACUAUUUACUCUUACGCAAGGUGUAAAGAAUAACCUUAACUUAAUAUUCCAAAACUGCUGUUCAACUCUUAAUUAUAUAGUUUGUAAGUAAGCGAAAGCCUUUGCCGCAAUUAGUUUGUUAUUAGCAAUUAUACCUACUUUACUAUACAACGAGUUAGACUU